AUGUCCUCCCACAAGUAUCCGCUGAACGAUACCGUCCGCGGCCUUUCAUACCAAGGAUUGAGUCUUGAAGACACUUUCACGCGAAUCUAUGCCACCAGUGCCUGGGGAAAAGGAUCUGGUGCAGGUAGUUUACCUGCACACUGCUUGAAGUGGAUUGAAUUCCUGCGCAAGUUCAUCAAAGAGCGUCAAGUGAAGACCGUUGUGGAUCUCGGGUGCGGGGACUGGCAGUUCUCCCCAUACGUUUACCAUGAUCUCGGCGUGCGCUACGUCGGCUAUGACGUUGUGCUGUCAGUGAUUGAGGAGAAUCGAUCCCGAUGGGCUUCUCAAGACGUCACAUUUGAGCAUCUAGAGUUCACAUCGCACAUAGGUGAGGUCCAAGAUGCAGAGCUCUACAUCAUGAAAGAUGUUCUCCAACACUGGUCCUCACAGAGGAUUCGAACUUUUCUCCGUCAGCUUCGGACGAGUAAGCCAAGCUUGCGGUAUAUUCUCGUUUGCAAUUGCGCAGAACCAAAAGACUGGCCUGAAGCAGACAUCAUGGAUGGUGGUUGGCGCCCGCUCAGUUCAAUGCACGCGCCGCUGAAUGAGUUCGGUGCAGAACCUUUAUUCAGGUUCCCAUCCCUCCCAAAUCUGAAGGAGGUUUGCCUCAUUUUCCCGGAAAGCUUCUCACAGAGGGCUGUGGCUGCUUGCGCAGCAGGAACGUCCCGAGCUGGCGCGGCAAGUUGCCACUUCGCUCGCAGGCGUGCGAUGCACCCUGUUCGCAGACGAAGGUUCGAAAUGGUGUAA